AUGGCGCCGAUUCCAGUCCACACGGCUUCCGCCAUCAACACAAACCUCCCUUCGCACGCGCUCGGGACCUCCCCCAGCACUGCUGGCGCUCGAUACACACCUUCUACUGCAGAAUCACGUCCGAGUUCCACAGAGCCCGCCCUGGGUGCAUCUCCAUCGCAGCCUGCGCGAGCAGCCGUUCCUCAUCCCACAAACACGGCGGCCAGCACGCACAACAGCAGAUGCAACCCGACACCAACCGCGCCGCUGCAGCCAGCUAGUCUGGCCACAUCCGAGAACACUCCUCCACCACCGCAGCCGGGCGCCGUUCCGUCGCCGUACUCCAUCAGUCCCACCCCUCGAGCGUCCGCGCCGGCUUCACCACGUUGUCUCAACAUUCCUCAACCGAGUGCGUAUGCAUCUCCCGACGCUUCGCCACCGCGCGUGACGGCUGCCCCAACACAAGCGCAAACACCCACCCACUCACGUCCUCUCCCUAUCCACCCUGCCACCUACCACAGCACAGUCUGCACGCCCGUACGCUCGGUCCCUUCCGCAGGUGUCACCUCCAUUUCCACAAGCCCAAGCUACAACUACACAUCGCCAACCUACUCCCUCCCAAAAGUGCCGGAAGCGCAAGAUCUCUCGCACCCUCCCGGCUACCAACAGGAUCACCACUCCUCCUUUGACGACAAGCCGAUCGAAUCUUGCCAAGAGACGGAUUACAGAGCCACGCUUUCUCCCAUGUCAGCGACGAGAAGAGGAGCCGGAAUAUUAGACCUGGAAUGGACAUUUGGGUCACCCAACGGGAGCGCCGAUGGUGACAACACGGUAGUGCAGACUGCCAUGUCAUGGGCACGAGCCGCAGGGAAGAGACUCAGCAUGACAGAGAAGCAAAUCUGGAAGACCAUCAACGGGGAGGAAGAUGGAAGAUAG